UGCGUGCACUCUGCUGACGAGCCGUUGCUUGUGGAAACAGCUGGUUGUUUCUGUCAGCGAACUUCUUGCUCGGUCUCGGAAGCGAUUUAGCGCGAAUAAAAGUUAAAAUUAGACUUGAAACCGAGUGAGCGCGGUUCGGGUUGAGCCUCCGCAGCCGUUCCGGCCGAAACCGGGAGAUGUCAUCCUGUGAGACCCACUUUAAAUCCGGCAGUUAGGAGUCAAUUAACGACCUAGCUUGUUAGCGGCAGACCACCGACGCUGUUCUCCCCAAAAACUGCUGCCGCUAACUGCUGCUACCCCCCCUCCCCAUCACCUCAAGCAGAAAACAAGUAGAGUUUCUGUCGAAGGAGACCAGCUACCCAGCUGCUGAGCUUUCUAACAGUCCGGAAUCGGGCUUUUUUUUCUUGUUUUUAUUUUUAUUUUUUUUUUCCCCAGCAUGGCUCAUAUUCAUUAUAAGUUCUCCUCCAAACUCAGCUACGACACGGUGGUUUUUGACGGGCCGCACAUCUCGCUGGACGACCUGAAGAAGCAGAUCAUGGGCAGGGAGAAGCUCAGAGCCGGCGACUGCGACUUGCAGAUCACAAACGCGCAGACCAAAGAAGAGUUCACGGAAGAUUGUCACAUCCCCAAAGGCUCCUCUGUCAUAGUCAGGAGAAUCCCCAUCAUCGGAGGGAAGUCCAGGUCAAAUUCCAAGACCAACCACAAGGAAAGAUCAGAUGUCCAGAUUCCCAAUGCCUUUGGAUCCCACAGAACAAUCAAUGACUCCAGUUCAACUAGGGCGUUGUCAUUUUUCUCCAAGAUGCAGUUGGCAAACUUUGCUGAAGCUGAUGUCUCAGAAGAGGAUAAAAUCAGAGCUAUGAUGAGCCAGUCCAGCUGUGACAUGAUGAAGAUGAGCUCUAAGCUUGGCCCUGUCCUUCCAGAGAACUACGCCUGUUAUCGCUGUGGCAACACCGGACACCACAUCAGGAACUGUCCCGUGAGUGUGGAUAAAAAUUUUGAGGCUCCCCCAAGGAUAAAGAAGAGCACAGGAAUCCCUCGUUCCUUCAUGGUUGAAGUGGACGAUCCCAAUAUUAAAGGAGUCAUGCUGACCAGUUGUGGGCGUUAUGCGAUUCCUGCCAUAGAUGCUGAGGCGUACGCUGUUGGUAAGAAGGAGAAACCUCCUUUCCUUCCACAAGAGAAACCUAAAUGUGAAGAAAAGGAGGAGCCUAUACCCGAUGAACUCCUAUGCUUAAUAUGCCGUGACCUGCUGAGUGAUGCUGUGGUCAUCCCCUGUUGUGGAAACAGCUACUGUGAUGAUUGUAUUCGAACCACUUUGCUCGAGUCAGAGAACCAUGUGUGCCCUACUUGUGGCCAAUCAGAUGUCUCCCCUGAUACCUUGAUAGCCAAUAAAUUUCUCAGACAGGCUGUUAACAACUUUAAAAUAGAACAAGGCUGCAGCAAAAGCCAGAGGACGCCGUGCGUCACAGCCCAGUCUCAGAAUACAACUCCUAAAGCGAGCUCUGUCCCCACCGUGACCCCUUCCACCAUCGGGAACAAGAUCAAGAAACCUCUCCAGUCAUCCUGCACUGAGCAGGAGUCUCCCGUAAACAAGCCUAUAGCAGACAAAUCCCCACCGUUAUCACAAAGCACCGAUUGCCCUCCUACAACCCCAGAAGCUGCCCCUGUUGGGAACUCACCUGAGAACACUUCUCCCCAGCCUGAGCAAAGCCAUGCUGUGACAUCCAACAAUGAGGAAUCAGAAAAGACGGGGGAUGAUUUAGAAGCCAUUACACCAUCUGACCCGAUUUGUGACAAAGAUUCCACUGAUGCUCCAUCCCAGCUGACUCCACAGGUAAACUCUAUGGAGGCGACAGAACAGCUUCAGGCCGUCUGUGUGCAACAAACGCAAUUAUCUAUUGAUUCAACCACAAGACUCUCUGGAUCAUCAACCUCCAGGGACAGCACCUGCUCAAUGUCCACCUAUCCUGCUGGAAGCUUGACUGAAUCUUGCUUAGAGCAGUGUAGAACGUCCUCCUCUUCAUCAUCAUACUCUUCAUUACCAGCCACACCUUCGCCUCUCUUUCCCUCCCCUCCUUUUCACGCAUUUAUUCCAACCCAGCAGCCUCUCGGCACUUACCUCCCCGGAUACCCGCCGACCACACCCGCCUGGAAACUGCCGGUCCCACCUGGAGCCCCAAUCCCGUCCCUCUGCUCCUCCUCUUCCGCAUCCACCAUCCCUGUUUUAAUCCCCAAGGAGUGGUACAGGUUUCAGAGAAAGAAAAGAGAAAGAUCACCUCACAAACAGUCCUUCUGUCACUCUGUUUCAAAGUCCUCCAAAUCUAAAUCUUCCCGCUCCUACUCUGGAUCAUCCAGUCGCUCUGGAUCCCGCUCCCGCUCCAGAUCCAGACAUCGGUCUCCUUAUUCAUAUCACAAAGACUUCCAAGGCCACUCUAACCCCUCCAGGUCCUUCGGCUACAAACGUCCUCGCUCUCCCACCCCGUCCUCCUCCUCCUCACCUCUGAGUAGUUCUCACCGUCGAUCCAAGUCGUCUUCGGACCGCAGCCGGAAGAACCACCACCACAGCAAGAGGUCGGCUUUGAGCAGCCACAGCUCAAAGAAGCGAGGGGAGCGCUCAUCCAGGGACGCAAGAAAAGCCUCGGGUUCUAGCGGUUUAAUUGACAUAAGUGGCCUGGAGCUGGAGAGGCAGCACUACCUUCAGUGGAAGAAAGAGUACCAAGAAUGGUACGAUAAAUAUUUCAGCAGCUACAUCAGCCAGUUUCACCAGCUGCCUUUCCCUCCCCCUCCUCCUCCACCGUAUACUCAGGACUGUUUCUACCUAAAACAGGGGGGAGACUCUGUCAGGAAGGAAAAUGGCUCUCCUACAUCUGAGGAAUCAUCAUGCAGUCGCUCUCCUCCUUCUCAUUCCUCGAAUGACGAUCCCUCCCCAAUGUGUCAUCCCUCAAGUGACAGCUGUUCUUCCCCUAAAGCCAAUGGCGGCCAUUCUUCCCCCUCUCGUUCCCCAAAUGACGGACCCCCCACGCCAUUAGAAGUCCCGGUUCAGUCAAAGGAUAACACAGAGUGGGUCACCGAGAAAGAUGGCAGUCUACCAGACCCUCUAACAAAGAGCAGCGAGGAAGUAAAUCUGAUAGAAACGAUAACGGAUGACAAUCCACAAUUAAAGUUAGAAGACUGUAGACCCUUGAAACAUGAGCAAGAGAGUAAUCUAGAGAAGUCUCCAUCCGCUGAUUCUUCAGGCCCCAUAAACGUUCUCAGGCAGAGCUGCAAGAACGGCUCAGCAGCACAACACAAAGGAACCUCGAGUGAUUCCCUAAAAUCAGCCCAACCUCCUCUGAAACCAAAUCAACCCUUAGACAAAGAAAAAGAAAAACCCAAAGAGGACACAAACGUGGAAAGAGGGCAGGGGUUGAAAAAAGGCAGAGCUUCAGACUCUCGUCAAAGCAGGGAGAGAGAACCUAAAGUAAAACCCAGCAGAGAUUCAGGUAGGUUAGGCACAGAAGUACUUCAACACCCCGAAGGCAGAAAGACUCCUGACUCAAAAUCAGAGCGGAACAAGAGGAGAAAAACACAGGAUGAGGAGAGAAAAAACAAACAGAAGGAUAUUCCUAGCAAGACUAAAAGUAGCAAACGCCCCCAACCUAAAGCUCCACAACAGCCCAAAAGCCUUGAACGGGAGUCCCCGAAGCUGUCUGACAGAAAAACACAAAGAACUGAGAAGAAGAAGGAGUGCAAAGCAUCGCCUCUUACUAAAAAAGACAUUUGGGAAGGAGGGAUAAAGGUGAUUUCUCAGAAGAAGAUAAGCAUCAAUAUCAACUUGGAUGGGAAAAGGAAGGACGAGUGGAAGGAGCAGAGCUCUUCUAGUUCGGGGAUCUGUACUCUAGAAACAACCGAGCUGUCUGGUGUUACAGAGGAGAAGGUUGAGAAAGAAGAUACAAAUACAGAAGUGAACGGAGAAAAAGAAUCAAGCCCUGGACCGUUAUCGCAAGAGAAGCUAGUAUCUUUCUUACAAGAGAUAAGAGAGUCAGGGAACAAAGCUGCCCCCAAUGUUGACAAGGAAGACGUGUCUCUGAAAAUCCCUAGAAAGGAAGAAAAGGAGGGGAGGGCAAACAGGAGGGAGGAGGAGGACUUGGAUUUAUGGCACUGUGCACUUAAAGGACUGGAGGGCAGGCGGGCGAAAACGGGAGAGGAAGAGGCGGCAGAAAAGGAAAAGGAUGGCAGCAGAGACCACAAGAUGGUCCCAGCACAGGUAGACAAAGGCAAUGCAGGCAGAGAGCACCAAGGUGAAGCUCAGAAAGACGAUGGCGCACUGCGGUCGAGCUCACAGAGAAGCAAAAAGAAAAAACUCCAUGAUCGACAGGAUGACGCUUCAAAACGCAGCAGCUGUGGUACUGAAGGGAGCCAGGAGACUACAGCAGGGGGCAAACUACUGGAAGAAAAACCAAAGGGUCAAGCUAAAGUCCCGCAGAACGAACCUACACAGGCGAGUCUGCAGGUACCUCACUCGAAGUGGGAGAAAAAGGAAAAAGAGGGGACAAAAAAAGAAGUGAAAGCGACUCAGCCUAAGGCAUCAGAGACGAGGACCGACGCCGAGUCGGUGGGAGACAAUGAACAGAAGAGUCUCAGAUCAACGGAGACAGGGAGAGACGGGAACAGGGUGACCGUGGGAGGCAGAGACCAGGAGAAAGAGAGAGUCUCUGCUUCGUCGGGGUCAUGCUCUGGUGUGGCUCCCUCUUGUGGCAGCGAGAGGGACAAGGGGAAAAUGAAGGAGAAUGAAAGACGAAGAGGGAGCGAGAGGUCAACGCACGGAUUAAAGGAAGAGGAAACGAGGAGGGACUGGGAUCCCCCAGUGUUGAAGAGGAAUCUGUCCUCGUCUCACUCCUCUCAUUGGUCAGUUUCAAAUGUCACAGACAGGGGGGACCUGCUGAGAGAGACUCUCCAGAGUUCUUCUUGCCACAGUAGAAAAUCCUCCAAAUCUACCCAUGUGCCUGAUCAAAAUGCACCCAAAAGACACAGAGAGGCAUCUCUGGACUUUAAGAAUAAAGACAAAGAGCACGACUUUGACUACAAUUACCACCGUCCAGCUGGGGACUACAGUUAUAAAGACAGAGCUGCAGGAAGUGAACACUCCCGCCCCGUUUACAGCCACGGUAGGGACAGAGGCACGCACUCCUUUGAGCCGCCCGGUUUUACCGAUUGGGAAUUAGUGCAAAGCAAAAGCAGAAGUGAGGGCAGGGGACAGAAGGGAGAGAAGCUCGGAAAGGAGAAGAAACCUGUGGGAGAGGGCAACAGGGAGAGAGAAAAUGCCGAGGCGAUGGGCGGCCAAGGAGGUGGAGGCUGGAGGGAGGAAAAGGCCCAGAGACUGGAGGAGCGACGCAGAUCCAGCAGCAGCAGCGGCAGCAGCGUCCGUUCAUCGGCGAGCCGCAGGAGCAGCAGGGAUGAGCAGAAGGAAGGGAAAGAGGCACACUACUAUUAAGACGUUGCCAAGCCGGAGCCGCACAAAAGCGAUGGAAACAGUCUGCGAGCAGCAACGAUGAGGAAGAGCGAAGGACAGCCCCUGCUCUGUUACAUUUUCUUUACUGUGAGACAAAAAAUACUUGAAUGAUGUUUUCCUGACCAAAGUUAAUUAAUUCCAAUACAUUUUUUUUUUUUUUAUAUAACCGGGGUACUUUCUGCAUCACGUUAAGAUCUGUCACAUCUGACAUGCAUCAACCCAAAUGCUCGCAGACAAAAUGUGAAGGAAAGCACUUUAGACAUGAUGUGGAAAAAAAAGAUGCGUUUAAAAAUCAAAUGUCAAGACUCUUGACAUUACUUGGAUUACUUGGAUUUACGCAUGCUUGACACGCUGACAACCAGCAGCAGCUACGUUAUGUACGAACAGAACCUGUAGCGUUCCACCUGGAACGACAGGAAGUGGGGGGGGGGGUUAUAAUUUGCCUCACACGGGGGUGCCAGUAGACGACUGUCAGAAAGAAGUGGUGAAUGACUCAGAACACAUACUGUGAAUAUUUAUGAUUUCCACCCUCUGUGUGAUUUUUGUUUGUUUUUUAAUUUUAUAAAUGUUAAAGAUUGCUGCUGAAUUGAUAAAUAAUUUAGAAAAGAGAGGUCUACAGUUUUCUGUGUAGAGGAAAUAAAAGAACUAUACUUGCA